AAGAUUAGUCACAUAGGCCUACAUGUUAAGUCCAGUCACACACAUAAAAAAUAACUACUUGUGCCAGUCCACUAAGUAAGUUGUUGCUAUCUUUAGACCCUCUGAGGCAACCCUUUAAAGCGUUACUCAACCUAGUAAUCGCACAGCCACGUUUAUCUAAGGAAUUGUCCUGGUUUUCAUUCCAACAAAUGCUUGGAUUGUUGUUUUGCCUAAAACAGACAAAAUGAAAACAUCUGUUUUUAGACAGACUCUAUAGCCAUCGGAAAAUGAUAUCAUGUGUAGGAUGUCUUGUCAUGGUCAAGGGUCGAUUAAUGCUUAGCCCUGCAGGCAUGUUUCAAUCUGCCUUCCCUCCCUCCAACAUUGCAACGAUAAUAAUCUACGGAAUACAGACAAACAAAACAAUUCUCCCUCUUUCUACCCCCCCCCCCCCCUCUUUCUCUCUCUCUCGUUCUGUCUCUCUUCCUCUGUUGCCACUAUUCGUUCUGUCACUGUCAUGUGGUUGUCUUACAGGCGACAGCCAUCCCCCGUGAUUUGAGCUUAUAACCAAUUAUUUUUUAUUAAAGAUGAAUCUACUGCAGUAUACUUGGAGAAUAAUGAAACAAAAAAAAACCUGGUGUCUCUGGCCUCUCUCCACCAACCUGUCUGCGCGUGACGCAAGGGUAGUCUACUUAAAACAGGAUUAGCGCCCAACCAACAUUAUACUCAACUGCCCUCCAUUCAAGCACCGGGCGACCUGCCGUCCAGCGCGCGCCAUCGAAAAUAGGAGGGCUUUCUACUAAUCAGCACUCAGACUCGCGCGAGCAAAAGUGCUUGGGUUGUCAAGUGAUCUUUUAGCAGAGGCGCAGAAGGCAGGAGUCAGGAGCGCACGCAGCAGCGGCGCGUUACCAAUGCAUUCUCCAGAUAUUGGAGCAUCCGGAGAGUAAAACAAGGGAAACAAUAGAUUCCACAAGAACGGUGCACGGUGUGCUAUCAUCUCCAAAUGAAUGACAAUGGGGGAGUGGACAAUAUUAGAGCGUCUCUUGGAGGCAGCUGUCCAACAGCACUCUACUAUGAUCGGAAGGAUCCUCCUAACAGUGGUGGUGAUUUUCCGGAUUCUAAUCGUUGCGAUCAUUGGAGAGACCGUCUAUGAUGACGAGCAGUCCAUGUUUGUGUGCAACACCCUGCAGCCCGGCUGUAACCAGGCUUGCUACGACAAGGCGUUCCCCAUUUCCCACAUCAGAUAUUGGGUGUUUCAGAUUAUUUUGGUGUGUACCCCUAGUCUCUGUUUCAUCACCUACUCCGUGCACCAGUCCGCCAAGCAAAAGGAGCGCUUGGAGCGGGGGUACUCCACCGUGUUCCUCUCCUUGGACAAGCGCCAAGAUUCCAUCAAAAGAGACGACAGCAAAAAGAUCAAAAACACUAUUGUAAACGGAGUACUUCAGAACACGGAGAACUCCACCAAAGAAGCCGAGCCCGACUGCUUGGAGGUGAAGGACAUCCCAAAUUCGGCCAUGAGAACUAGUGGAAAGUCUAAAAUGAGGAGGCAGGAGGGCAUCUCAAGAUUCUACAUCAUCCAAGUGGUUUUCCGAAACGCGCUAGAGAUAGGGUUCCUGGUGGGUCAAUAUUUCCUGUACGGAUUCAAUGUCCCCGCGGUAUAUGAGUGUGAUCGAUACCCCUGCAUCAAAGAUGUAGAAUGCUACGUUUCAAGACCCACGGAGAAGACCGUGUUUCUGGUCUUCAUGUUUGCGGUCAGUGGCGUCUGUGUGCUCCUGAACUUGGCUGAACUCAAUCAUCUUGGUUGGAAGAAGAUCAAAGUAGCUGUCAAAGGCGUGCAGGCCAGGAGGAAGUCCAUCUACGAGAUCCGUAACAAAGACAUGCCUAGAAUGAGCAUGCCCAAUUUCGGCCGCACACAAUCAAGUGACUCUGCCUAUGUGUAGCAUAUUGAGAAGGCCCAAGACAAGCCUCGUGGACACCGGUUGCGUCAAAACUGUAUGGGUUCUCGCGGAGGGCCAUUCAUUUCAAAUGGGAGGCAAUCCGCACCACUGCGACUCAUCUGCUGGACAAGGUUGUGGUGCGUAGCACUGCGUGCAGUGUGUCGCAUGCGUUGGAUUUUUCCAACUGGUGUAUUGCUUUGCUGUGUGGUAUCAGACACAGAAGUAGAUAAACCACCGAAGAAGUUGUAGCAAAUAUGUAGCGUAUUUUUUAUUUAUUUUUUGCAUGCGGCUUAAGAGCGAGAGGUGUGCAUUUCAGCACCACUGAAUGGAACAAUUGUACAAAGAAUUUAAACAUAUUUAAGAAGAAUGUGGUGUAUAUUUUGAUUUGAUUUGUCUUUUACUGACAACUAAAAAACAAACGGACCAAACGUUUGUCAUAUAUUUAUGAGAAGGCACUGAUGCAACGUUUAUAGAUUAUGGUUUAGCCUAUAUUUUGUAAAGUGCUUCUUAAAAGCAUAUAAUGUAUGUGUUGACAUUCACUCUGUCGUUCACUUCAGCUGUUGAACAUGGAGUAAAUACUUGCACUAUAUAUGAAUAAUUAGCCAAAAUAUAUCCAAUUUGUGCUGUGAUGGUGUUUUUACGACAUUCCACCGGUUUUACACACCACAUACCAUUAUAGCAAUGAAACACACACAUUAUUUGGCAGUUUUAGGGUCAAAUGUACUCAAAUGAUAUACAUUCUUCCGGUAUAUUACUCAUCUCACAUCUUUGCUGUCAGCACUAUCGUUGUUUUGGUUGCCUGAGCUUGCACCAUUGACCUUAACCUAUGUGAUCACUCAAUUGGGGGGGAUGUACUGCAAAUGUGGACACCUGGGACUUUUAAAUUCAUUUUUUCUUUCUUUUAUUUACACCCAAGCGCCCAUUGCUUUCGUUUGUGGGCAAAUGGAUUUUCUUGAUUUAAUGUCAUCAAGUGCCAUAUAUGUACAUACAUAUAAACAUUAUAAAUCUAUAGAGUAUUAUCAUAAUCAAAAAAGCAGAAUUCUGUAAAUUCCUCUUUUGGAUUAAAUGCUGUCAAAAAAUUUGAUUUGAAUAGCUGUGGUUUGUAUGGAAAUGGUAUGCUACUGCUAUAUUAUCAUCCCUGGUUUCAUUUGGCAACAUAGAAAAACAAACAACCUUUGCACAUUCAAAAAGUAUUGGUGAGCAAUUAGUCAUAUAGACUAGAGCACAAAUCUGAAUUGGAAUCAAUCAGAUAUAAUAGGCAAUAAAUGUUUGCCCCUGGUGCUACCAUUUUCCAAAGCAAUCAUCAAUGUAAGAUCAUACUGAAAGGUGAUCCUAUCCACAAAUAAAAAUGUAAUUCAUGUAUACAAGAU